GCCAAGAUGGCGGCCCCCCUCUCCACGAUGAAAUUUUGGAAACCGGGUUCGGAGGCCCCCGGGAUAUCGGAGGAGCGGCAUGUCACGACAGAAACGACAGGCUCCCCCAUAAUUUUCAACCCUCACACCGCGCUGUCCAUCGAGAAGCAGCGACAGAAACUUCCUGUUUUCAAGCACAGAAACAACAUCCUUUACUUGGUGGAGAGUUACCAGACAGUGAUCAUCGUAGGAGAGACAGGAUGUGGGAAGACUACACAGAUCCCCCAGUAUUUGCUGGAGGCUGGCUGGGCAGCUGAGGGGAAGGUGAUUGGUGUGACACAGCCUCGUAGAGUGGCUGCUAUCUCAGUAGCCAAUCGUUUGGCAGAAGAGCGUGGAGCCCUGUUGGGGCAUGAGGUGGGCUAUACCAUUCGCUUUGAUGACUGCUCUGACCCCCAUGCCACCCGCAUUAAGUUCCUGACAGAUGGGAUGCUGGUGAGAGAGAUGAUGGCUGAUCCUCUACUGAAGAAGUACAGUGUCCUAAUGCUCGACGAGGCCCAUGAAAGAACCCUCUACACGGACAUAGCCAUCGGCCUGCUAAAGAAGAUUCAGAAGAAGCGCAGAGACCUCAGGCUGAUAGUGGCCUCUGCCACUCUGGAUGCCAAGAAAUUCCAAGAGUUCUUUAACCUGAAUGAGACUGGAGAUCCUAACAAGGAUACGUGUGGAAUUCUGACGGUGGAGGGACGCACCUUCCCUGUUGACGUCUUCUACACUGUCAGCCCAGUCCCAGACUAUGUGAAGGCCACAGUGGAGACGGUGCUGAAGAUCCAUGAGACUGAGGAUGAUGGAGAUGUUCUGGCCUUCCUCACUGGACAGGAGGAAGUGGAGAAGGUGGUGUCUCUGCUCCAGGAGCAGGCCAGAGCUCUGGGCCGUCUCGGCAUGAAGAAAUACCUCAAGGUGCUGCCCAUGUACGCAGGCCUGCCCUACACUGACCAGAUGAAGGUGUUUGAGAGGACGCCCCCUACUGUCCGCAAGGUGGUGGUGGCCACUAACAUAGCAGAGACGUCCAUCACCAUCAACGGCAUCGUGUUUGUGAUCGACUGUGCGUUUGUCAAGCUGCGGGCAUACAACCCUUGCACUACCAUCGAGUCGCUGGUGGUCACGCCCAUCUCCAAGGCCUCAGCCAGUCAGAGGGCAGGACGAGGGGGACGCAACCGAGCCGGGAAGUGCUUCAGACUAUACACAGAGGAGGAUUUUGAGAAGCUGCCUGCGUCCACGGUUCCCGAGAUGCAGCGCACCAACCUGGCCCCUGUCAUCCUGCAGCUCAAAGCUCUGGGCAUAGACAACGUGCUGCGAUUCAGCUUUCUCUCUCCUCCUCCAGCCCAGUCCAUGGUCCAAGCCCUGGAGCUGCUCUACGCCCUGGGGGGUCUGGACCAGUAUGGUCGUCUGACUGACCCUAUGGGCAUGCGUAUGGCAGAGUUCCCCCUCAGCCCCAUGUUUGCCAAGAUGCUGCUGGAGUCAGGAAACUUUGGCUGUUCCAAGGAGAUCGUUACCAUAGCAGCCAUGAUGCAGAUCCAAAACAUCUUCAUGGUGCCAGCCAAUCAGAAGAAACCAGCAGCGCGGGAGCAUCGCAAGUUUGCUGUGGCGGAAGGAGAUCAUCUCACCAUGCUCAAUGUGUACGAAGCCUUCAUCAAGCACCAGAAGAGCUCUCAGUGGUGUCAGGAACACUUCCUCAACUACAAGGGUCUGCAGCGAGCCAUGACUGUUCGAGAACAGCUCAGACGACUCAUGAAUAAAUUCAAGGUGCCACGCACCUCCAGCGAAGGUGACCCGGAUGUGAUCCUGAGAUGCAUUGUGUCUGGGUUUUUUGCCAACGCUGCCCGCAUGCACCACUCAGGAUCCUACAGGACUCUACGGGAUGACAGAGAGCUUCACAUCCAUCCCAACUCUGUGCUGUUUGGAGAGAAGCCUACGAAGUGGGUUGUCUUCAAUGAAGUCGUGCAGACCUCUAAGUACUACAUGCGUGAUGUCACAGCUGUAGAGUCCUCCUGGUUGGUCGAGCUUGCUCCCCACUUUUACAAGCAGGCUAAGCAUGGGUCAUUAACCAGCAAGAGAUCCAGGGUCCUCUGAGCUGGUUUCUGUCCGCCUGUCAUAACUCUGACCACUACGUCCUGGUUCCAACCCCUCACCCAGAGAGGACCAGCGUUAGGGGAACAGAGUCAUGGGAAGCAGGGUACUGGGUAAGACCCGAAGAGGAGAAAGGAGAACACCCCUCCUAAACCUACACUGUGCCCCCCCCCCAUCCCCAUUCUGAUACCCUCUUCCCCUUUAUCACCCUGUACAAAGAUGUAUUAUAUAUUUAUUUCUCAUUCCACAUGGUAGUCACUAGAGGGCCAUUCUGAAACGGACAGAACAAAUGAGCAUGUACAUGGGCUAUUUGUUCUGAAUUUACUGAAGGGUUAGGGGACCCCCCCUGUCUGCGUUUUGGCUUAGAUCAAAUGUAGGAUCUGUUCUUAUCAGUUUAAUGUCUGAAAGUUAUAGUAUGGUUGGAGAGCUUUAUAGUUCUGUCCUUUCCAGCAUGGCCAGAUAGACCAGGUCCCAUCCACACCUGUACAUAUAGACAGAGUAGGCUCGGGUCCAGGGAAUGGGGGUACCAUACCUGGUCCUUGGUUCCAUGGUUAUUUUUUUAUGGCUUUGGGCUCAAUUCAAUCGAACCCUGUAGUAUUUACGCAGUAGCUCUUUUUCCCCAUGGUCAAAUAAAAUCCCAACCAACACCAGCUAGACUCCACAGGUAGAUGCUUCCAGUUUAAGAUAAUAUGUGUGUGUGUAUAUGUGCAGUAAUUUGUAAAACCAAGAUGCUGUGUAAACAUUGCUAUGGGGGGUUUGAUUUGAAUUCCAGCCUCUGUUUUUACGUCGUGGCAUGGCGCGGUAAAUAAACGAAGACUGAGUGUGA